GGAAUUCUAGUUAAUAUUUUUCCAAAUAAAAAGUGCUAUGUUACAUACAUGGACUAUAGUAAAUGUAUGAUACGUCCAAAUGUACACUAUGGUGAUCAAAUUUUGGAAUUAAAACACUGUGUAUUAAAAGAAAUAAACGAACCUGUCAACUGCUGCACGAUUUGCCCAACCGAACGAUGUAUUUCACCUUCGAACAAGACCUUGUCCUUUCUUAAAAUACUUUAUCAUCAACGUUGGUUCAUGUCCAGUUAUCGAUGAGUUAACCAUGUGUAGACAGGAAAGCAAUGCCUUGAAUAGUUAUUGUGACUUAGGCUUUCAGAUAUAUAAUGGAUGUAUUACAGCUGUAGCAGUUAAUUCAUCGGCUAAAAAGGCUGGUCUUCAACCAGAUCAUCAAAUAGUUGAAGUCAAUGGACAAUUUGUUAUCAACCAUUCUGAUAUACAAAUAAUUAGUUUAAUACGUCAAAUUCUACUGAAUUGUAGAAUACAUACAGUUGGCUUACUAGUAAUCCCAAGACGUAUUCACUAA